GUUUCAUUGAGCACCCCAACCCUCGCUCCUGCUUCUUCAUGCCUUGUUGACAAAUGUGGGUCUAGUGAGACCUUACAUUUUGGUGCCCAGACCCGGGAAAGAGGUUCUGUAAAGAAUCCCGGUUGUAUUUUUUGUGUCAACAAUGGGAGACAUGGAGAAACUUCAGAAGAAGAGGGCAGUCGCCCGAGGGUGGGCAACUCGCAAGUCUAACGUACUAAAGGGCCUUCUCAACAAUCCAGAUGUUAGUGUCAUCGAUCUGCAAGCUGCCAUGGAUGACUUUGAUCAACGUCUUGCCAGCUUGGAAAAGGUACAAACAAUAUUAGAAUUAGAGACUGAUUUGGUGAACUUGGAUGAAGAGCUCGAUAGCGCCUCCGAGUUUUUCCAAGAAGUCCGUAAGCCCAGGCUGCAAGCUGCACAGAGGUUGGGGGAUAUGAUGAAAGGUGAGCAGAGGGAUUCCUCUUCAUCCUCGAGUCCCAGUAAAAGAUCUAGUAGCUCCAAGAUAGCAAAUGUAAAAUUACCCAAAUUAGAGUUACCAAAGUUCAAUGGAGAUGUAACUCUGUGGCAGUCAUUUUGGGACCAUUUUAAGACUCAUGUGCAUGAAGCUGACAUUCCAGUGAUAACUAAGUUUAGCUACCUGCAGUCAUUGUUGGAAGGACGUGCUAAAGGUGUUGUAAAAGGAUUUGCACAUACCGAAGCAAAUUACCAAAUUGCUUGUGAUCUGCUGAAAAGAAGAUUUGGAAGACCUGAAUGUAUUAAAUUAAAACAUGUGCAAGCACUUUUGAAUAGUAGGUUUUCCAAGAAAGGCAAAGGACCAAAGUAUGUGUCCUCUUUGGGGAGUCUACUUGAUGAAUUGCUGACCCACAUCCGUAGCCUACAGGCCUUGGGAGUAACAGAGGAGCAGUGUGAAGUGUUCCUGACCCCUCUCAUCCUGUCCUGCCUUCCUGAGGAGCUAAGAUUGGAGUGGGCUAGAGAGGGCUCUGGCCGUGAGAGUGACAUCAGUUGGCUGCUGCAGUUUCUUCAGAAAGAAAUUGAGAGAAUUGAGAGAUCAGAAACCUUCAAAGUUGCGUUGGGGAAGGCAGAAGGACGUUUUGUGGAAUCAGAAAAGAAGAGUGCAGUCUGCAUCAGCUCUUUAGACAUCGUCUGAAGUAGGAUCUUCUUAUUGCGCAUUCUGUAGCAAGAAACACAAGUCUGAGAAGUGCUGGGAUGUUCAGAAGCUCUCAUUAAAGGAACGUGAAGAAAAAAUUAAAGCAGCCCGUUUAUGUUUUAAGUGUCUAAGUAAAGGGCAUAUUGCCAGUGGCUGUCGAAUCAAGUGUUCCAAGUGUAAUGGAAAUCAUAAUUCUCUUCUGUGUAGAGCAAAGGGUGAAAUAGACACAGAUAAAGCUAUGGAAGGGGAUAUGAGUGUUAAGAAGGUUAGUGAUAAUGCCGAACCUUCUUCAGAAAAUUGCAGUCCUCGAGUGAAUCAUGUUGGAGUUGCUCUUAGCAAGUGUAAUGUGUUGACAAAAACUAGCUGUGUGUUACAAACAGCUAGAGUUAGUGUAUGGUGAUUCAGGUAUUUGUUGUGAAGCCACCUUGUUGUUUGAUACUGGCUCCAAUAGAUCCUAUGUAUCCAGUAAUCUUGUGAAGAAAGUUAAGCCUGAUCUUGUGAAAGUUUUGAUUCGUUUCAGAAGUUGGAAGGUUGCACUGACUGCUGAUAUUACCAAGGCUUUCUUACAGAUCUGUGUUCAGGAAAAGGACCGAGAUGUGCAUCACUUUUUAUGGAAAUGCAAAGACUCCAUUAGAAUUAUGAGGUUUGUUCGUGUUCCCUUUGGCAACACAAGUAGCCCUUUUUUGCUAAAUGCAACUAUUAAACAUCACUUAGUCUUUUCCUAAUACUGAAGUCAUAGAAGAAUUAAGGGAAAACCUUUAUGUGGAUGAUUGGCUGUCAGGGGCAGACAGUGCAGAAGAGGCUUCUGUUAAGUUUAAAGAAGCUCAGAGAAUUUUGGCAUUAGGUGGGUUUCCUCUUUCUAAAUGGCAUUCAAACUGUAAAUUACUGACUACAAAGUUCAAUGACAAAAUUGAUCAUGGUAAUGAACACGUAUCCACCAAGGUUUUAGGUAUGAAGUGGUUAUCCUUAACAGACCAGUUUGUCUUUGAGGAAUUUGAUUUUGAUUCAGAGACACAGUUAAGUCUGAUAUGCAAAGCUGUGGACCUCGCCCGGGCUAUGGGGGAGCCCGGCCUGUGCCGACGUAUGUCGACUCGCUAUCAGUGUGUCAGCAGGUGCUGACUCGGGUGAGCUUAGUCCUUACCCACCGUGGUGCCCAGCCACAGCAGUAACCUCCAGGCGACAAUUGCAACUUCU